AUGAUGGAGUCGCGCCUGCGCCGGCUGGCGCUGGCGCUGCUCGAGGCCGGCGCCGAGGCCGAGCCCGCCGUGCGCGAGCAGCUGCAGCACGCCCUGAGCGGCCUCGGAGCCGCGGAUCCCGAGGAGCUGCUGCAGUGCUGCGGGGAGCACCUCCGGCACCAUGACAAGCUGCCGGCGGCGCAGCGGGCGCUGAUCCUGCGCUCCAUGGGCGCCGUGGUGCGGAGCCACCUGCCCGAGCUGGGCAAGGCCGCGGCCGCCGACGCCAUCGCCCUGGCGGGGCACGAGAUGGCCAGGGCCAGGGACCCGGAGUGGGAGUGGCAGGAGGCGGCCGGGGCGCUGCUGGUGGAGCUGGGCCGGGCGUUCCUGGGCCGGGUGAUGGAGGAGCUGCUGCGCCAGUUCCCGCCCGGAAUGCUGCCCCAGCGCGGCGUCGUCCGCGCCUUCGCCGACCUCGCCGGCGCCAACGUUUUCGGGAUGGUUCCGUUCCUGAGCUCCAUCCUGGGGACGCUCCUGCCCCUGCUGGGAACGGCCCGGGCGGAUUCCAUGAAAUGCACGCUCUGCUACGCUCUGCAGCGUUUCAGCGAGAGCAUCCAGGAGUACGUGGCGGGCAAGGAGCAGGCCCCCGACCCCACCGUCCGCGGGGACGCCUUCGCGCCCGAGCUCGGCGCCGCCUUCGACCUGCUCGGCCUGCAGUGGGUGCAGAGCAGGGACGCCAAGGUGCGCCUGGCGGCCGUGGCGGCGCUGGGCCCCAUGAGCUCCCUGAUCUCGCCGGAGAAGCUGCAGGAGCAGCUGCCCAAGCUGCUGCCCACCGUGCUGGGGCUCUACAAGAAACACCCGGAGCCCUUUCCCAUCUCCAAGAGCCUGUGCCAGCUGCUGGAGUCGUGGGUGGCGCGGGGCGGGCGCGGCGUGGAGGCGCAGCUGGAGCCGCUGCUGCCGGCGCUGCUGGGCCAGAUCUGCGCUCCGGCCGACCCCACCGUGCCCACGAGCAGCAAGAACCACACGGAGCUGCUGCGCUGCUUCUCCGUCCUGGCCCCAUAUCCCUGCCCGGUGUCCCAGCCCCAUGUCCCUGCCCUGUGCCCCAGACAGGGGACCUUGUGGCGCUCCCCGGGGCGCCAUCCCCGUGCCCCCCGCGCCCCACGGGCCCUGGCCGCCCCGCAGGUGCUGAGCUGGGCGCAGCAGCAGGGCGAGCGGCUGCGGGCACAGGCGGCCGCGCUGGCGGCCGAGCGGGAGGAGACGGAGCAGCUGCUGGACUGGAUCACGGCGGCCGAGGAGGCGCUGGGGCUGCGGGACCAGGAGCCGCUGCCCGAGGAGGCCGAGCAGCUGGAGGAGCUCAGCGCCCAGCACGCGGUGUUCAUGGAGGAGCUGAACCGCAAGCAGCCUGACGUGGAGAAGGUGACCAAGAGCUGCAAGCGGAAGCUGGCGGUGGAUCUGGGCCCCCCGGCCACCCGCCGACUAGCCACGCGUCGCCGCAGCAGCGGGAAGGCGCAGGGCACGGCGGCGGUGCCGCUUGGGGGGCUGGAGCCCCAGACGCCCCUCAUGGCCCAGCUCCUGCACCGCUGGCAGCAGCUCUGGCUGCUGGCCCUGGACCGGCAGUACCGGCUGGAGACGGCCCUGCAGCGCCUGCGGGAGCUGGAGGAGUUCGCGCACUUUGACUUUGGCGUCUGGAGGAAGCGCUACAUGCAGUGGAUCAGCCAGAUGAAGUCCCGCGUCCUCGACGUGUUCCGCGGCAUCGACCGGGACCAGGACGGGCGCAUCAGCCAGCGGGAAUUCAUCGAGGGCGUCCUCGCCUCCAAGUUCCCCACCAACGUGCUGGAGAUGAAUGCCGUGGCCACCAUCUUCGACAUGAACGGCGACGGCUUCAUCGACUACUACGAGUUCGUCAGCGCCCUGCACCCCAACCGCGACCCGCUGCGCCGCUCCGCCGACGCCGACCAGAUCCAGGACGAGGUGAACAGGCAAGUGGCCCAGUGCAACUGUGCCAAGCGCUUCCAGGUGGAGCAGAUCAGCGCCAACAGGUACCGGUUCGGGGAGUCGCAGCAGCUGCGGAUGGUGCGGAUCCUGCGCAGCACCCUCAUGGUGCGGGUGGGUGGCGGCUGGAUCGCCCUGGACGAGUUCCUGGUGAAGAACGACCCCUGCAGAGUGAAGGGAAGGACCAACCUGAAGAUCAACGAGAAAUACCUGUCCUCCGACGUCUUCGGAGCCGCCGCCAGGUGUGCCGGGAACCAGUCGGCCGCCUCCUCCAAAGUGCUGUCCCCGAGCCGCUCCAACUCCAGCCUCAGCCUCUACAGCAGCGCCUCGGCCCCCAGCAGCCCCCUGGCCAGGAAGUCGGUGCUGCGGAGGACGCGCUCCGGGGACCGCUGUCCGCGCUCCCGGGGCUCGGGACUGCCCGACGGAGCCGAGCUGCAGUUCAGCGCGGCUGAGGACAGCCUGGCUGUGGCACCGCCAGAGCCGCCCGAAGGGUCCCCUCCGGAGCGCUGCAGCCCCUGCCGCUGACCCCCGCGCCCGCCCUGCGCCCAGCACCCUCGGCCGGCCCCACUCAGGACCCUCCUCCACGGGGCUGGAGGGCGGCGAAGCCGCGGCCGCGCCCCCCGCGGGUCUCCGGCCCGGCGCUGCGGCCCCCCCGAGCGGGGCUGAGCUGUACGUCCGUCACCGAUCCCGCCGGGGCCCGUUCCAGAGGAUAUGCAAGUAUCUCCCGACGCCCACCGAGCCCCCGGGCUCUGGUCUCCCGCCCCACGGGCAGCGCGGGGGGGUCUGAGCCGCGGUGCCCCGCUCCGAGUGCCCGGGGCUGUGGGACCGGCCGGGCACCCCCGCCGGGCCCUGCCCUUCUCCCAGCCGCCAGCUCAGGGUGGCUGCGGUCCCCCCGGCAUUGGGCGUCGCUGACGGGGGUCCCCAUCGCGCCUCCCACGCCCCGGCGGGAGGUGGCCGGGCUCGGGAGCCGGGCACCGGGACCCCCGGCCGGAUGCCGAGCCCCGAUUCUGGUGCUAACCCUCACCCCUCGGCCUUCGGUGUGCACGCACGGGCCCCCGGCUCUGGCCGCUCCCCGUCCCGGGGGUCCCGCGCUCCCGUCCCACCGGCGGCACCGGCGGGCAGCGGGACCCCCGCCCUGCUGACGCAUGCCCACCGUGCCACCCCGCUAACCGGACAGCAGUAGAGCUGAAUGUAACCCCGGCCGGGCCCACCCGCCGCCACAAUAAACUGUAGUGAGGUUCCUUUUUC